AUGGUCACCACUCCAGGUUCCCCACGAGGAGGAGCGAAGAAGAUUAAGAAGAAACCAACUAUUCCCCCCGCCGCCGCAGGUGCGUCGUUAACGACGCGCCACGCCCCCCGCCCCAAUACAGCUCCAAUUCCAGCAGCGGCUUCGCAGGCAGAAACACAAGAGACUCUAGGCACUGAUUCCCAGAUGCGCCAGCGCGGUACUCACGUUGGUUCCAAGCCCGAAGAGUCCGCCGCAAUCCUGCAAGCCCGCGCAACACAAUGGAAGGGAGGCAAACUCAUUCACCCGGACGAUUCAGAUGUUGACGACGAAGACGACGAUGAGGGCGGCGCCCCUACCGGAACUCAGUCAACCGCCCUGGUACAUGACGACGGCAAGACAACCGCAGCACUCUCCGCUGCUGAGGACAACGACGUCCUUGCUACUCUUGACGGAGAGAUAGCCGCCUAUAAGAACAACAACCUCGUCCUAGGCGUUGGAGCCGACGAGGGCGAGGAUAACUGGCGAGACUUAGACGCCUCUUCCACAAAGCUAUCUAAGACUAAACGCGAGCUCGAAUACUCGCGCCAGGCCAACGUUGAUUACCGCGCAGACCUAGCGGACAUCAACGCCUCUGUUAUUGCACACCAACGCUCACGUAAUAAGGCGAUGGACUUCCGCGAUGAAGCGGAGCAUGUUAACGCCGAGAACAUCGCCCUCUAAGCCGAGAAGGCAGGGCUGGAGGAGAAAAUCCGUCGCCUAGAGCAGUCUUAACCCCAGCAACACGCUUAAUUUGUCACCCCCACCCCUGGCUAUGGUUCCGACGACGAAGACUAUACUGCCUUCCUUAACAACCUCCGCCAGGCCCGGGG